CCGAACAGCAGACAGAAAACGCGCCAUCCCAAUCAAUGCACCGAUGUGCGUACUUUCAAAAAAUCCUKGACCAAUCCUGGACCAAUCAAAACACUCGAUUCAAACGUCACUCCGCUACCGAUGCAAAGCGCCUGGUUUUAAAAAUGGAUUUCGAGUUCUUGAUGCCYUCGCAAGUCAAAGACACGAGAGAAUUGGAAUUUUGAUUUGACGAAGCUCCUUCAGCCCCACCAGCACGAACGUUGUAUCUUGUUGAGCUAAAAGUUUAAUUUUGGACAGAAAGAUAUCAAAUCGGGCCCCGCGGCAAACAUAUGCAACACCAUCCAAUCCCAGAGAAGGUGUCAAACAAGAKCAGUAUUGGAGUACAGACGACGCGUUCCGGAUCACAAUAGAUGCUAUUGGUAUAGUACGAACCAGGAUCUUAUACUUGACAGACAACAGGGAGCAGAACAAGUCCUCCCGUUCUUGCGACCAUGAACUCCUUUGUGAGCGCGAGACUCCUGCCUGUUUUGUUGCUGUUGGUAUCGGAAGGYGGACGAUUCCRGCACGCCCAUGCGUUCUAUUCCAAUACCAGGCAAUCGGUCCUUCCAAAGCCGCACGGGAAGGAAUGCCAAMGGCAACCAGAACAGGGGUUCCCCGGGGUCUCUCGCAAGACCGAACGCAGCAACCUCUCCUCYUCCGCGAAACCCAACGAUGCGGGCGACCAGGCGCCCCAGGAACCGCCGCCGAUCAUCGACAUCGAGCUUCCACCGGAAGACGGCGAAACAGAGACCACCACGAACUCCGCCGGUGCUCCGGAAGGGUUCGACCCGAUCCCCGCUUCCGGCGGCGAGGGAUCCCCCCCGGAGGAAUCGGAGCCCCUGGCCGCUGCCCCRUCCGCGGAAGCCGAUCCGCUGGACGACCUGGAUGCGGCGAUUGCCGCGGCGCGGGCCCCACCGGCCGGGAUCAAGAUCAACGAUCCCCUUUCGCGGGGCACGGAAAGCCGGUCCCUGAUCAACGGGGACGUCGUGUCCAGCGGRCCCGCCAGGGCGAMACGACCGGCCACGGGAGGCAUGUUCCGCGCCGGCAGCCGGGACGGCAUGUCCUUCGAGGCUCCUCCCCCCCCAYCCCCAACCAGGCGAAAAGUCGUACAGAUGGCCCGGAAGAAAGAGCCCGCGCCCUCCACCUUUCGGUCGAGCGAGCUCAGCGACAUGAACUUCGAGGCCAAACCGAUGGACUCGGCUCCCAAAAAACAGCGCGUGGUCCGGAUGGCCCAGAAGGAAGAACCCGCUCCGUCGACCUUCCGGCAGAGCGAUCUCAGCGAYAUGAGCUUCGAGGCAAAGCUCGAAGCCCUYACCAAAACCCGCCUGGUUCAGAUGGAACAGAAGGAGCAACAAGGAACAAAGAAAACGACACCGGUCGCGUCGUCCAUGUUCCAGCCCCGGGAUUUUAGGAGCAACAGCGGAACCACUAGCGACGGCAUGACCUUUGACUACCAAGCGCCUUCUCCCAAGAAGCAGCGCAUCGUCAAAAUGGCCGAAGCCCAAGAGCCGGCUCCCUCGACCUUCUCGAGUGCCGGAGGCAGCGACAUGUCGUUCGAAGCCAAGAAAGACGUUGYUCCGCCCACGAAAASAAGAGUGGUCAGAAUGGCGGAAAAAGAAGAGUACUCCCMCUCUACGUUCGAGASCACAACCAGCGAGAUGUCCUUUGAGCCCAAGGCCGAGAUCAUACCGCCCACCAGGAAACGAGUGGUUCAAAUGGCCGAGAAAAAAGAAUUUGCUCCGUCCACCUUCGAGAGCACAACCAACGAAAUGUCCUUCGAAGCCAAGGCGGAAAUCCUUCCGCCCACCAAGAAGCGAACCGUCCAAAUGGCCGAAAAGAAAGCAUUUGCGCCCUCAACCUUCGAAAGCAGGGGCAGCGACAUUUCGUUCGAGGCAAGGCCGGAUGUUUUGCCUCCCAAAAAACAAAGGAUUGUUUCCAUGGCCGAAACCGUCGCAUCACCGCCUGCCCCGUCUACGGAGGAAACCAAAUCCACMGAAGCGGAAGCGGAAASCCAACAGAUCGUGCCGCCUACGACAGAGAGAUUCGCACAGCAGGCCAAGCAAAACGAAUCUGCCUCGUUGGCCUACGAAAGCAUUGGGAGCAAAAUGUUUGAGGCACGAGUCGCCGAGCCUUCGCCGGCGCAGGACAUCSCCGGUGCAACGGACAAGGAAGAGCCCGCACCYCCGACCGGAGACAGCGAACCGCUUGCAGAAACGCAACCGGUGGCUCCCGACGCYCCGAAAAAACCACGCAUCGUCCAAAWGGCCGAAAACAAAGAASCMGCGCCCUCGACCUUCCGAAAGAGCGAUCUGAGCGACAUGUCGUUCGAGGCGAAACCGAUGYCAUCCGACGCUUCCAAGAAGAAGCGCAUUGGAASSAUGACCGAAAAGGCACAACCCGCUCCAUCGACUUUCAAAAACGACGAGAGCGGAAUGAUGUACGAAGCUGCUCCGGGACUKAUGUUCGAAGCCGCUAUUGUCGAAACGACGAAGCYAUCGGCRCCGGCAGAGGAAAAGAAAAACGAAAUCGAACCGYCACGGGUGGCGCCAGAAGAAACCUCACCUCUGGCCCAACAGGACGAGGAAGAAAGGAAGCCAGAGCCGGACGAAGCACCAACAUCGGUCGCAUCUCCGCCCCAGGAUGAAGAAACGGUUCAGGUAGAAUCAGCCGCAACUCCUYUCAAGACAGAAGAGGAGGAGGAGCCACUCGUAGAACCGAAAGCAACCACGGCUCCACCCGAKCAGGAAUACGAACCUGCUCCAGGGUUGAUGUUCGAAGCCAAAGUAGAAGAAGCUGAAACACCGGCAACCCCAUCUCCAUCCCUUGAAAGGGAGGAGACCCUCCAGCCACCAGUAGUACAAAAAGCGCCGACACCAACCCCCGAGAAAGAAGAAARAGCGGAGCCACUCAUAGUACCAGAAGAGAUUGAAGAAAUGAAAAAGAAGGAAAUUUCUGGUCCUGAGCAGCCAACAGUAGUGGAAAGCGCAACCGCAGGUACUUCCUUGGAGACUGAAACCGAAGUCGUAAACAAUCCUCCGAAGAAAAGAGUUGUUCCUCCUUCGACAACAUCAAUGUUUCGAAGCGUAACGCCAGCAACGGAUAAACCUCCUCCAUCGAGGACCAUGUUUCAAUCCAAACAACCCGUCAAGGACGAAGCUCCUCCUUCCAGGACCAUGUUUCAAAUUAGAAAACCCUUCAAGGAAACACCUGCUCCUUCGCGGACGAUGUUCGAACACAAAAAAUCCGAURAGGAAAAACCUCCUCCUUCAAAGACAAUGUUUACGAACAAAACACCCGAAAAGGAGAAACCUCCCCCUUCAAAGACAAUGUUUGCAAACAGAAUACCCGAAAAGGAGAAACCUCCUCCCUCGAGAACGAUGUUUGAAAGGAAAACGUCAGCAAAGGAGAAACCUCCUCCUUCGACAGCAAUGUUCCGUAGGAAGGWCUCCGAAUCAUCAUUCGAUACGAGAGCUGAGGCUUCUGUUGUCACUGCACCAUCGAAUUCAUCAGAAUCAACAGAAUCAACAACAGCAGAACUGACAGAAUCAGAAGGAGCCCAACAGCAAGUUGAACCAAAAUCGGCCGUAAAGAGUGAAGACUCCCCACCGACCAAGGUGCCGCGCAGCGAUAAUGUUGAAACAUCAUUUGAAACAAAAAAGUCGCCACCGACAGAAGAGAAAGCUGUUCGAUCCCCGGAGGAGAAAGAAUCACCCUCUUCCUCCAAGGCAAUUCAAAGCAAAAAUAAUGACAUGUCAUUUGAAGUCAAGAAACCAGCUCCAAAGGAACAAGUCAAACGUAUUGUCAAGAUGGCGGAAAAGAACGAAGCUCCGCCAUCGAAACUUUUCCAAAGCGACGAUAGCGGCAUGAUGUUCGAGGCACGGCGAAGAUCGGCUCCAAGUACUGUCCAGGGAGGUUCAAUGUUCGGGGCACGAACAACUAAGCCGGCAGCCAACAAACUGGAACCAUUCAAAAACUUGGUGAAGGGCUCGGGCGCUUUGAUCAGUUCGAUGUUCCGUCCGCGUACUACAGCCGGACCCUCUGCCGAGGAAAGGGAAAAGGCAAGCUUGGCCGAAGCGGCACGACAACAAGAAAAAGCGAGAGUUGCAGAACAGAUGCGAUUGGCAGAGCAAAGAAGACUCGAAGAAGAAGCAAGGCAAAAAGAAGCCAGAGUUGCAGAACAGAUCCGAUUGGCCGAGCAAGAAAGGGUUCAAGAAGAGGCUAGACUUGCGCAAGAAGCACGACUUUCAGAAGCUGAAAAGGCACGGCUUGCAAAAGUAGCGGAAGAGAUUAGAUUAGCUGAAGAACACAAAAUGGCGCAAGAAGCGCAGUUGGAUAAGAAAGCUAGGCUUGAUGCAUUGGUCGACGAAGAGGAGAAGAAACUCACUGAAACUGCUCAGCUAGUCGAAGAAGCUCGAGAAAAUGAGGAAAAGAAAGGAUUGUUCGAAGACGCACGUGCCGCUGAACAGAAAAGAGAGACACCUAGAGUUGCAAAAGCGUCUCAACUGGCCGAGGAUGUACAAGAGAAAACGCCAAUGAUCAAAGUUCCUCGCACAGCCUCUUCGAAGAAAAUCAAACGCAAAGACACAGGGAUUGGUGUUGAAAUAAGCCUCGGCAGCCCACCAGCUCGAAGAUUGGUCAAGAUGACAGAAAAGAAAGACUURCCSCUCCAAAAGGCUGUACGAGGCACCGAAUCUUCAAAGCCACGCGAGAUAAUUCAGAAUAUUUCAAAGACACCAGAGAAGAAAGUGGCACCUAGUCCAAAGGCAUUCCAGGGUUCGAAUGAUAGCAUGUCAUUUACAGUUCAGCCUGCCAGAACAAGGGUUGUGAAAGCUUCAGAAAGAAAAGAAGUGGCUGUCUCGGAGUCAAAUCCAUCAAACGGAUCCAAAGCAAAAGUAACCGACGCCAAUAACUCAGCUUUGUUUCAGCGGGGAAGCAAARAGGCUACAUUUGAUAGCGAUGGAUCGCAAUUUGUCUAUCAGAGUACGAAGGAAAAAAGAUUAUUUCUGGCACAAAAAGUUGCAGCUCAAAUGUUCAAAGCGCAAGAAAGUGCUCCCGCUACACUUGAAAGYAGURACGAUGGUAUGAACAUGGUCAUAACAGGAAGAAAGCCAACGAGAAAAGUGAGAAAGGCAACCGAUGAUAGUAUAUCUGGCAAUCGUUCGAAUACCGAUGGUGACCUCGCUUCAAAGAAUUUGCCUCAAGAUAUCCCUGGAAACUCGGACAACGACAGCAUGAAGAUGGCUAGUUUUAUCGCAAAUAAUUURAGCAAACAAGCACCCGCUUUUGGCAGCAUCCAGCAGUCGAAAAUGGAUGUUGGUUCGGCAAAGAUAGCUACCACUGAUGUUCAGAAAUUUGCGAAAUUUGUCAGUGAUGGAUUGCAAAUGGUAAAUGCAGAAUCCCAAAAGAAAAAGAAAGUAGUAACACUGGAAGAAGCAAGACGGGAGAGAAAGGAACGCAAACGGAAAAAGAUCUUUGGGUUUGAGAUCGGUCCGUCUGAAGAAGAAAUUGCCGCGCAGUUAAUGGAGGGUGGGAAACAUCUCGCCGUUGAGGGCGGAAAACAACUUGCAAAGUUUACUAGUGACGGCCUUAACAUGGUGUACCGUGCUGCAGAAAAGCAAACCAAGGAAUAUAUUUCAUCGUCAGUAGYGAAAUCGGCUAMAAGUAAAGACUCAUCUCACGCGAAGAAAAAUAAACAUGUUUCAAACGAAGUGAAUCCCGCCCUUUUUUUUGCCACAAGCGACGAUACCUCUAUGAAAAAGAAAGCAGAAACGCAAAAAUCUUCCGCAGUUGCUCCAUCAGAAUCUUCCUCUGCGGCUCACGGCGGGAAGAAGGGCGAGAACGACGCCAAAACAAAGAAGGCGAGUUCAGCGAUUGAUACUCCAAAACCUUUUUUUGCAGUUUCCACCAGCGAAAAUAAUGCACCAAAAACAGAAAAAGCAUUCAAGGAAUCAGUAUCUUCCUCCCAUGUUUCAGUAUCAAUCGGGCAGAAUACYGAAGAACCAAUCAAAGAUGCCUCUACGUCGUCGCUAUUACGAAGUGGAGGACGUAUGUUUGUUAAGUUCGUAGGAGAUGGAUUGCAAAUGGUUCAAAAAGUAGCAACAACGAAGGAAAAGCAAUAUCGUCGGCCGCGAAAGUAACUCCGUGACGUCAGUUCAAGUUCCAGGUACCUUAACGACAAGCUUGUGUUUCACUCUCCCUUUCUGCUCAAUCUCACGUCAUUCUUUUUUUCAGUAGCACAAGAAUURUACCUCUGAUAAUUCAUGCGCACAGAAACCUACAUGAACWUACASCGCAAAUUUAUUAUUUGCUACUUCGGUAGAUUUCGUAGACACAAAGAAAUCAUUGAUGCAUAUCAUCACUCUUUUCUUWCUAUUCAGCCUURAACUGCAAUAGAUCAAUCAAGCAAGU